AAAAAAGUAUCUCAAACUUCUUCCGUUUCUAUCGUAUCCAAACACUCCCCUCCACCACCACCACCACAAUUUUUUAUAUAAAUUCAUCAUCGUCUUCUUCGUCUCCAUCCUAUAUAUAAUAUAUAUUCUGAGAUUUUGCUCUCUCUCUUUCACUCUCUAGUUUCAGAAUCAUCGGAGCUAGCUUAGCUAAAUCCAUCGCCAAAAAAGCUCGAUCAUCAGUGCAUGGCAGUGAGUCUAUUAGCGCGUGAGGCAUCUGACCUAUGUCUUGGAAAGCCUGCCCUUAGGUCGCUUUCCGCCACCGCCACCGUCACCGAGGCUUUAUCGGCUUUCAAGAGGUUUCGCGAGACCUUCCUCAGCGUUUGGACCGCCACUGACCAAUCCAACGCCGCCGCCGCCGCUGCUGCUGAUGACUGCCUUUUCUGUAUAGGAAAGGUUUGUAUGGUCGAUGUGAUCUGCUUUCUUUGUAAGGAUGAGAAUUUAGCGUCUCCAGCUCAAGCGCUUCAGUCUCCUGUUUCCGUUUUGAUCCCUAAGAUUCCUGGACUUGUUCGCCAUUUGGAACCCAAUGCAAGGCUAUCAGAGGCCUUUGAUCUAAUUCUCGAAGGUGCACAGAACCUGAUAAUUCCUAUUCAAAGUUCAAGAAAGAAGCUGCACCAAAAACCAGCUUCAUUCAACUCAAGUCGCCCCAACAACAGGGAGUACUGCUGGGUCACCCAAGAAGACAUAAUUCGUUACCUACUCAACUGCAUAGGCCUCUUUAGCCCCACUCCAGCCAACCCCAUCAACUCCCUCAACCUCAUAGAUGACCAGAACAUCCUCGCCGUUCACUAUGACGACCCCGCAUCGGCGGCAUUGCCCCUCAUAUCCCAGAGCCUCAUUAGCCAAACAUCGGUUGCUGUGAUUGACGGAGAAGGAAAAUUGGUAGGUGAAAUCUCGCCCUCGACCUUAAAUUUUUGUGACGAAACGGUGGCUGCUGCCAUAGCUACACUCUCGGCCAGCGACCUAAUGGCAUACAUAGACUACGGUGGCCCUCCAGAGGACCUAGUCCAGCUGGUGAAAGAUAGGCUCGAGGAGAAGAAUUUUAGGGCGUUGUUGGAGUUUAUGGAUGAAGACUCGACGAGUUCUUCCGACGAUGAGUUCGGGUAUGGAAAGAGUGGGAGGUUGACAGUGAGGAGUUCAGAGGCUAUUGUUUGCUAUUCAUGGAGCUCGUUGGUGGCUGUGAUGAUUCAAGCACUGGCUCAUCGUUUGAACUAUGUUUGGGUUGUUGAACAGGAUGGAACUUUGGUUGGGAUUGUUACAUUUGCUGCGAUGUUGAAAGUUUUUAGGGAACGUUUGAAUACAAUGCCCUAAGUUAGGGAAGAGAAGAGAAGCAAAUGCCAAGAUUUUAAAUGCUUAUAUAUUCUUUUGGGAAUCUUGAACUAAAAUGCGAAAGAGAGGGAUAUAAUUUUGUGAUGGUAUCUUUUUGGAUAUUCUGAUGUUCCCUUUGACACUUUCAAAGUCUAAAAAUGUGGACCUAAAACCUUGACUCGGACAAUCAGACGUUUUUUGAUCAAGAAAUUAGUGUGUUUUGCUAGUAUAUAGAUUCUGACACUAGAUAUUUAAUGUACUGGGCCAUCAAAAUUGAUAACACACUACAUUUGCAAGGCCAAAUAUAAUACCAGAAAAGGAUUGAGAUUUUAA